AUGCCACGUCAGUUCAGUUUGCUUCGGAGUCUGCAGCUCGUCGGUGUAUUGGUGCGAUGCAUCUGUGAAGGAUCUAGAACAUUUAAAGGAUAUUUAUUCGCCAAUUAAAUUAAUUACAACUAAAAAUGAGCGACAAGACCCACAAAGGCUUUAAAAGAGCGUUCAACAAUUGGAACGAUGUCCAACUUAUGUUUGAUGACAUAACCUAUCGCUAUGGCAUUUGCACCAACUGGAAAUUAAAGAACGUCCUAAUUUGUCUUGUCCUAGUGGCCAUCCUCUUCGUUUUGAUGUUCAGUAGCGGCGGCCGAGAUGAGCAGAUUUACGCCCGCGAGCUCGGAUUGAAAAUCCGCAUCAUCAAGUGGCUUCCGGGCGGCGAAACGGAGCGAGGGGAUUCCAACCGGCGCAUCUUUUUCCACGAGACGAGCGGCAGGAGCGAUUUGGGAUUGCGUCAAACUUGCACGGUCGAAUCGGCGGCCAAAAACAAUCCCGGCCGGCCCAUCCAAGUUUUCAUGACGGCCGAUCGACUGGAUUAUUCCAGUCCCUGGCUGGAAAUCCUUCAAACUUACCCGCAAGUGUCGAUCGUGUUGGUCGAGCCUCGGCUGUACUUUGCCAACACUCCGCUGGCAGAUUGGUACAACGAAGGAGAAUGGCGGACCAGCAUCUACAACAUCGUCCACCUGUCGGAUUACAUCCGCGUCUUGACUCUGCUCAAAGGCGGUGGCAUGUACAUGGACUUGGACUUUGUCAGUCUGAAACCGUUCGACGAGAAAUUGCUGUGGAACUUUUUCAACAUCGAAACGGCCGAGAUGAAAUUGUUGUCCAAUUCCGUUUUGCACCUGGAGCGCGGCCACCGGCUCAUUGAGGAAAUGAUCCAUCGACUAGUCAAGUAUUACGACGUCGACGAUUACAUGUGGCACGGCCCGUCCAUGAUCAGCAACAUCAUGAGCAAAUUCUGCGGGGUCAAGCGCGGCCAGCCCAACUCCAACAACUGCACCGACGUCCGCCUAUUGCCGCACUACAAUUUCGCGCCAAUUUCAAACACGGAAUGGGAGACGCUGUUCAGCGACGCCACUCCCGAAAAUCUGGCCGAGAUCAAGAACGGCAGUUACGGCGUCCACUGCUGGGGUGGCAAAUCCGUUGGACAUCCGCUGGAUCUUCAAUCCAAUCAAAUCUACGCCGUCCUCGCCCGUGAACACUGUCCAAUCACCGUCGCCAGAGCCAACGAUUUCGUGUCAUAAUUUUGAUGAGUGUAGGUGUAUCACCAUUUCCUUGUUGAAAUAAAAAUUCCGGCGAAUAAAA